GAUUUCAACGUGAUUUCCUGGUAAAUCAUAUGAGCAAAGAUGGCAGACAUAGACUAUCAGCCUUCGAGGCCUUCCUCCAAGCUCUCGGGUGUUUCACUGUACCCCGUGUAUGCGGUUAUUUAUGUUUUAGCAUUUUCGGCAAUCCUUGUAAUAGCUUUCUAUUAUAUACUGACAGGGAAGGGCUCAAGAUUUGAUUUUGGAUGGUUCCUGGAAAGCACCUCUCCAUUUAUGUGGGCAAGUAUAGGAGUUGGCCUGUCUAUCUCCUUGUCGGUGGUCGGAGCUGCCUGGGGAAUUUUCACCACUGGAGUCAGCAUUCUUGGAGGUGGAGUGAAGGCCCCUCGUAUCAAAACAAAGAACCUGAUCAGUAUCAUCUUCUGUGAGGCUGUAGCCAUCUAUGGUAUCAUCAUGGCCAUUGUUAUCGGGGGCCAACUCGGUUCCUAUGACCCUCUCACUGCAUCUGAAACUGUAAUCAGGGAUUCCCAUUAUGCAGGCUUCCAGAUGUUUGCUGCUGGCCUCACCGUCGGGUUAUCUAACAUUGCCUGUGGAAUCAGUGUUGGAAUUGUUGGAUCUGGUGCUGCUUUAGCCGACGCCCAAAAUGCCUCUCUUUUUGUAAAACUCCUCAUCAUAGAAAUCUUCGCCACAGCUAUUGGUCUCUUUGGAAUCAUUGUUGCUAUCCUGCAGAUCACUGGAGUGAAGAUGGGAUCAGAUUAGCUGCUGUCUCCGACCAUUGUUACUGUUGUGAAUGUGAAUAGCUGAGAACACUGUCACCUCUAGGGCUAACAGAGAACCAUUUAUUGCUGCUUGGCUCAAUCUGAAGUUUUGUCUAGAGAUGAAAGAGUGAUAUGUUUUUUCCAUUUACUGUAUAAAUGACACUACCAGUACUCCCUGUACAAGAAGAGUUGCUAUUCAGUCUAUAUCAGAAAUCAGUAGAAUCUAAAGACAAAGACCAGUAGGGACCAAAUUGUUCAGAUUUUCAGCCAUUUUUCUUCUUUUGUUUCUCCCAAAAAAAAAUCGUCAAAAGAUUAGUUUGAAAUUCUGUAUCCAACACUAGCUUCCUUUAUUACAAGACACGUAAGUUUCUGCAAUAAAAAUAAAUCAAUCAUUAACAAAGAUCAAUUUGUUUUUAUAAAGUGAAAAUGUAAAAUUUGACCUAUCAACAUUUAUUUGGCAUAACAUGAAAUAAACAUAUUGUUUUGUUUGGCCUAAAUAUUGUACUUGUAAGCUGAACAGGCUACAAUUGUGAAGUCUCGUUGACUGAAUAUAAUGUCUUGUAAGGGCAGUAUUAACAGGGGAUGAAGGCACCAACAUUUCAAAUGAGGGUCUCUGAAAAGUAGCUUUCCUAUGGGUUAUUUAGGACUCAUCUUAAAAGAAGCAUAGUUGAUGUUUGUUAUGGUAAAUAUCAACACUAACUGUAUUUUGAUCCAUGUCAAAACUAAGAAAUCCUGGAGGACAUUUUUGUUUUUGUUGUAGAUUCGUAUUCAGAAUAAUAUUUAUACAUAUAAUACUAUUAAUAUAUUGUAUAUAUUUGACAUAUGUUAUGCUUCAAUUCGGAUGUCUCUAAAUGAAAAAAAUAUUUAUCAAUAUUACAGGCAGACCAGUUCAUGCUUUUUGUUCUUUUGUUAAUGUGGUAUUUGUUUAAGGGUGAAAGAAUUCUUGUUCAUACAAAGCUUUUCUUUCAUAGUCACUUAAACAGUAACUGAAUAGAUUUACACCCUAGUCAAGACAAAAAUGUAUUUACUUUAGCUGUUAAUAGAGAAAAGACAAUGUUACAUUGUGUCAAGUGUUUCAGGUAACACUAGAUACACUUACCAUUGACUUCUGGCUGAGAAAGCUGUUGUUAUAUGAACUAGAAUUUUGUUCAUGUUUUAAAAUGGUCAUAGCUUCAUCAGUAACCAAGAGCUGUAAAUGUUGAGCACUGUACUAAUUUUGUUGUUUACAUAUUAGUGAUUAAUGUGGUGUCAAAUAUAUUGUUAAUUACAUUGGAAGUAUGGAUUUGGAACAUUCAUAGGUUGUUUUUCUGACAUUCCAUUAGAGCUCCACAUUUCUUCCAGCCUUUAAAAAAAAAUUAAAAAAAAUGGGAUCAAUUUGAAUGUUAAGUGGUAUUUUUGUUCGAUAAAAUAUCAUGCAUGUAAAUCUAGGAUAUUAAAAAUAGAAAAAUUGGAUAGUUCUGUGUUUACCACCGAAUAGUGCAGUAAAUUCAAACAUCAAUUAUUUUCCUUUCCAAAGUUGGUUGAAAUAUUUUAUCUGAUAUUGUAUUCAUUGUGUUCCAUUCCAACUGUAUUAGUUAACAAGUAUGUUAGUUGAGUUGGGUUGUGUGAAAGAGGAGUAAUGUAAAUAUGAAAGAAGAAUAAAAGAAAAUUGUGAAGUGUUUAUUAUAUAAAAUGUGAUUAUAUUUGUUUUAUAUUAUGAUUAUGGUGCAUGGUAAGAAAACAAGCCUCUUGUCCAUAUCAUUGGGAGACAGUUUUUGGCACAAUUAAAAGCAAACCAAUAUUCUCAACAUUGUCUUUAUUGUGUUCAGGUUUUCUAAUCUGUUGUCAACCAUACGUCUUUAGAGUUACUUCCCUUCUUAUCUUCAGAAGUGGACAUACUUUUAAAAUAUCAACAAAAAGUACCUACAUUUUGUUGUUACUACAAUAUCGUAUUGUAUGACGGGGAAAGGAGAACAAUCAACAAACCAGCAGGUUGUAAAAGACAUUAUAUUUCAUUGUCAAAAUACUGAUUUGCCAAAUGUAAUGGACAUGAGCUGAUAUUAAAAAGUGGCUAAAGGUGGGUUUAAUUCAUGAUUAUGUUUUAUGAAAUGUGAUAUUGAGUUUCAUCUGACACAAGAUGGCGGUUUUAUAAAUGUAACCAAGAACAAAGUGAUAUUCAUCUGAUAUAUAUAACAAUAAAGAAAAGUUAACUGAAUAUUCGUUGAGAUUGAGAAAUUGUUUUGUGGAUUCUAAAUGAACAAGGUUUAACUGCUAAUAUUAUUGCUUAUUACAGUUUCAAAAUGAUUUUCUGUUUGAACAUAUUCAAUUGCAAAGAACAAAUUUGUUAUGUAGAAUUGAUGUUGCUAAUUUUGGUUCUUGAAUUCAUUUUAAUAAAGAUAUGAUUGCAUAAGGUAUAGAUAUGUGUGACAUGAAACAAAUGUUGAUUUCAAAUUUUCUAGUCAAAUCAGUAGUUAUUAAAUAUGGAUCGUGAUAAAAUUAGAGGAUGUAACGUUUUGUCUUAUUACCUAUCUACUAUGGCCACAAUGACUGAAUGAAAAGUGGGAAGAGAAAUGUAAUUGUAGAUAUGUAGUUGUUAGUAUUUAGUGCAUAUGAUCAGUGUCGAUCAAUAAACAUGGUAUGAAUA